GACCGAGCUGCUGCUGCUUUAAUAUGCAAUGAGCAGCAGAGCGGGCCGCUAAAACACGAAGUGUAGUUCUAACGUGAGGAUCAAAGUUUCAUUUGAUCUGCAGGGAGAUCCUUUAUUAGUAUUAUUAUUCUUUGUACUGCUGCAAGAAUCUACCUGUUUAGUGAUGGCAAGACGAAAUGGGAGGAAGAAGAACCAGCUGCCAGACCUUUACUAUGAGGGUUACAUGGAGAAGAGGUCCUUCAAAGAUAAGACGUCUCGGAAACUGUGGACCUGCUUGUGUGGGAAAACACUUUUUUUCUACAAUGACAAAAGAGACGAUGAUUACUUAGAGAAGCUGGAUCUGUGUGAAGUGGUCUCGGUGACGGACGACAGCAGCGUGGAUCCCAACUUGGAUGCGGCCAGAUUCAACGUUGAGAUGACGCAGGAAAGCAUCAAAUUUACUGCCCCAAAUGCAGAAUCUCGGGAACUUUGGAAGGGAUUUAUCGAGUCUGUGGCUAAGCUGGAGUUACCCCUCACCUUGAACCUGCUGCCGGGUCAGAUCCACAUGCUGAGAGAGACGAUCCAAAAGGAGAAGGAGAGGCUAACAAAUUCAGAACCGAAACCGAGUCCUCCUGCUGCUGUCAAAACAGAAAUGCCUGCCUGCUACUACGAGGUGCCUUAUCUGGAGGCUGAGCUGCUGCUGGAGAGAGAAGCCAGCAAAGGAAACCUGCUGCUGAGACCCGGGAAGCAGAAGGGCUCCUUCGCCAUAACCACCAGACAGGAUCUUGACGGACCGAUUUUCCGUCACUAUCGAGUACUUCCAAAACCAGAGGGAGGCUUCUACAUUGCUGUCAACAAACCUGUGCACUUCGACUCGCUGCAUGACGUGGUCACCUACAUGUUGGAAAAAACUGAUGGAUCUUUCACUCCCCUCAACAUCGAGGCUCAUUACGACAAGAACAUCUCUUUCGUUGCAUGUGAUAAUGAAAACGGUGAGAGGACCCAGCAGCCUUUGCUGCCACCAGAGAAUCCUAAUCCAGUUACUGGAAAAGCGAGGAAUAAUGAACCGGAACAAGUCAAAAAUCUUCCUGCUGCUGAUAAGCAGGAGAAAGCGUCUGUGACGGAUGGCUGCUCCUCUGGCGAAACUCCACCGGUACCAGAACCGAGGAAAAUACCUCCACGUCCAGCACCACGAACAUCUGUCUCAACUCAACCGGCUGCCAAACCUGCUUUCCCUACAAAUGCUCCGGAGAAGCCCAAGAUACUCUCAAAUCCAGAAAUGGAGAAGCAGAUUCUUCCCGCAGCUUUGUCAGAGCUGAAACUGAGGCUGGGGACCAAGACCAAGCUGCACGUUUAACGUCUUCUGCAGUCAUCCUUGUGGACAGAAACACAUUGGAGCAACAAGUAGAGCUGAGUGGAGCCACAUGCAGAUCUGUUCCUGCACGAUAUCAAACAGGAUAUCCUCCUCCUCCUCUUUCUCCUUCUCCUCCUCCUCGGUUGGCUGUCUGCAGUAAAGCCUCUCUGCAGAUUAACACCGGAUUGAUUUGCCUCCUCUGGACAUUUAUUAGCAAAUCAAUCGACUGAAGAUGGUUGGACAAAUUAUCUUCUCGUUUCUCUUGUUCAUUUUGCACUUUAGCUAUUGACUAAGCCGCCUCAGACUUUCCGUCAGUGUUUUUUUUUCCCCCUCUUACUCUUAGAAUAAAAUGAUAAGCAAUUUAUUUGACGUAGUAAAAGUAUGUAAAAUGUACACAGUAUUGUAUUAAUACUGUCUGGAAUCAGUGUGACAGAAAUAAGGGAUGGGAUUCUUAUUUCAGUUUUUGUUUGUCUGUGAGUGUAAAGAGUAAAACUCUCAUCAGCUUUCAUAAGACAAACUUCUAGUAUGUGCCAUGCAACAUAUAUAUAUUUUAUAUAUAUAGUGAAUUAAUCACUUGUAUAGUCUGUAAUCCAUUUUCAUAUUUACAUUAUUUUCUUGUCAUAGCUUCAACUUUUCUGUUGUCUGAAAAGAAAAU